AUGUGUGAGGAAGAAGGGUUCGUAUGGGUGACGUGGGUGGAAAAAAAGAACUCCUCAUACAAUAACAAGACUCACAAGAUCCCCAAAGAAACUCUGGUUGAUCCUCCAGCAAAGUUGGAGCACGUCAACAGCUCUGCAGACAUUACCACCCAAGGUUUGGACACUAAGUACAUAGCUUUUGUUUCACUUACUUUGUGGCACACAUUAUUUUAUCUUACAUUUAACAGGAUGUUCCUUGAAGAUGGUGAAUCAGUCUGUACAGACAUUUCUAACGGAGUCAACAACCACCUCAUCCCAAACAGAAGCCUACUGCGAUACAGAUACUCUGACCUCCAUUCUGAAAACGCACUAUCUCCAAACACUCUGGACCAUCUACUGCCACACAGCCUUUCCAGCCAUACACACAACAAUUGCCAACUGUUCUCCAGUCGCAGCCUCUCCAGUGCCAGCCUCUCCAGUCGCAGCCUCUCCCGUGCCAGCCUCUCCAGUGCCAGCCUCUCCAGUCACAGCCUCUCCAGUGCCAGCCUCUCCAGUCGCAGCCUCUCCAGUGCCAGCCUCUCCCGUGCCAGCCUCUCCAGUGCCAGCCUCUCCAGUCACAGCCUCUCCAGUUCCAGCCUAUCCAGUUGCAGCCUCUCCAGCAAUACAAGACACAACAGCUGCAAAGCGCUCUACCACCACAACAGCCGCAGUCAUUCCAGCAACAUGCAGAAUCACAGUAUGCCCAGCAGUGUUACCAAUCUCCCACCGAGCAAGCACACUCUUCUUAUCUUCAACACCAGUACACAGACACCACAGGCUCAACAAACUUUAGCCUUCAAAUCGACCCAGAUGUUGACGAGGCUGUUAGUAUUCUGAGUGAAAUGUCUGAGCCUCAGUGGUCUUCAGGCCACUUCACUCAGCGUCCUUCCACCCCACCUCUCCUUCACCCAUCAAUUGUUAUACCCCAAACUCCAAAGGGUGACAGAAUUAGGAGAAUAACUGGUAACAGGAAGUAUAAGGAUGUGAGCAAGGCAUGGAGAAUGGCUGUAGCAUUAGCCACCGAAGUAUACUUCAGUAAAGGAAGUCUGGGCUCACCAGUGAUCAUGGGCGGCUGGAGGUGCUAGACUCAGAAUCGAUGGCUGAAAUCGAAGACACUGUAAGAAACUACUACCGAACGAAGGUUCGAAACACUGGUGGUGUUUGGGCGAAGGCACGUAUGGCUAUAGCCAAAAAAUGCCAGUCACUGAGGAAGUAAAUUACGUAUAUACGUAUAGCUGUUCAACCAUCCAUACAACCUCUACUGUAGUUGUGCACCCCACACAUAUCAUUGUUCUGAAGAUUAUUAUUUGUUAUGCUGUGUAGGUUUGCAUGCUAAAGAGGUUAAAUAAAUAGCUGUGGUUGAGUCAUUAACUAAGCACAAUGCGACAUG